AUGGAUCCCCAGGAGGCAAGGAGGCUGGUCCCGAUCCUGCCAGCUCAGCAGACCUCAGGGUACAUCUUUGGGGAAGAUCACUCGCCUGGCCCUUCAUCACCACCUCACAGGCUUCGAAAGAGAGUCUUGGUCGCCGUGGCUUGCGAGGGAUGCCGCCGAAAGAAAGCGAAAUGUGACGGCAGAAAGCCAACCUGCAGCCGUUGCUUCUCCAAAAGCGAGGCAUGCUCGUACGAAACCCCAUCUGUUCCUGUCGCCGUGCAGAAAAAGUACGACAUCUUGCUAGUCGAGAAUCAGCAGUAUCGAGAACUGUUUGAUGCCAUAAAUAAGAAGUCUGAGUGCGAGGCGCAGGAAAUUUUCAACCGACUGAGAAGUUCGGAUCAGCCCCUUGCUGUCCUCGAAUCUAUGAGACAGGCCGAAGUUCUGCUCCCGAAGCCUUCGACAAAUACAUGGGGUUCCGAUCCUAGACUGGCAUUUUUCGACCAGAAGGCAUUCGAAUCGAGUGUUAUUCAGGUUCCUGCCAGGCCGUGGACAACAGUUGCUGGAGAUGGAAUUGUGUCAGAGCUAAUAACGGACUUCUUCACUUGGGAUAACUCCUAUAUGUUUCCCGUGCUCGAUAGGAUCACGUUCGUGGACGAGAUGAGAGCGGGAGAUGAUACAGAAGUGAAAUGGUGUUCUCCUUUGCUGGUAAAUGCUAUUUGCGCUAAGAGAUGUCUGAUGGUUGAACGAGGAAAACAAUUCGGUGUUAUGACAGGCCGUAACCUCUCCGAGGCCUUUCUCGCCGAGGCUAAGAGUCAUUUUGAGUCUGAACAAGGCCGACCAUCGAUACCAACUGUCCAAGCGCUACUUCUGAUAUACCUUACCAUGGCAGCCACGGGGAAAGACAGAGCUGGUCUGAUUUACCGCCUCACAGCCUAUGAGAUGCUCAAGCAACUCCGCUUGGAGGCGAGGUACAAGACAGCUAAGAAUAACGUCCCACCUCAGACUCACGACAUGAUGUUGACAUCGAAGACGCUUUGGGGAAUAUUCCUUUUAGAGAGUCGGAUAGCUUAUUUCUACAACAGGCCCUCUACUAUUCCCCCACCUCAAGUCCCUAAACCCUUCCUAUCCAUCCUGACAUUCACCCAUAAAGGAAAUCUGGAUGUUCUUGACAGGCCUUGGAAAGAUUCAUCUGAUCUUGUUCCUCGGCCACCUGGAGUAUUGGCAGCUGCAUGCUCAUUUUCCGAACUUCUCUAUGAGAUCAUGCAGUAUCUCACAACUUCCAAGUUCAGACGGGGAAGUGAGGAGGAUAUUCAUGCUAGACGGCUAUUCUUUUCUCGCCUCAUACAGCUGAAACAUGACAUACCUCGCCAGUUGGUCGUGGAGCAGAAUCUUACACCAGUAACGUGUUUCUUAAGAAUAGACGAGAACCUAAUCCUAUACACAUUGCUUCAGGAUAUGCCUAUCGACAUACCAUUUGGUGUCCCAUACAGCUCGACAGUCAAGGACUUGUGCAUUCAACACUGUCGUCACGAUACCGAGAUCAUCGGGUCAUUUAUCAAGAAGUGGCCUACAAACCUAAUGAUAGCACAUCAACUGUACAUAUCGAUGCAAACGAUGGUCCCCGUACUAGAUGACAUCGCGGUACAAGAUCUGUUUACAAAAAGUUGUCGGAUGGCGCAGUUGUCUUCUGGCAGCGUUAGACUCAGUGGAGUUCUCUUACAAGCGACUCAAGCCUUCGUCUGGGCUAUGGAAAAAUUCAUCCCGGAAUCUGCAAGGCAACAUCUCGAAGGAUUGACUCAAGAAACAGUUGAAAAGGACUUGCCAAUGAGCUUUGCCUUGCCUCCCCGGGGAGAGGUCAUGGAAGUCCUGGCUUCUGAUGAAAACGACCAGGAAUGCUCGAUAUGGAACUUGGGCACCUUGAUCGAGAAAUGGGCGAUGCUAUCGAUGGCUGGAAGCAGACCAUCGUCGUGA